UACAACAAAUGGAAUUGGUGACUUCUCCACAAAAAAACAGAAUGGAACUGGUAAGAAGUGGAAACUAGUGAGCUCCCUUUUCUUGACCAAAACCAAAAACUAUUAGAAAAAUCUUCCACUCCCUCUUUCUCAUUCCUAAACAAAAAUCCUCUACUUCUUCUCUCUGUGUUUUAACCAAGAUUCUGUUGAGGUAUUAAGGGAAGAUAUUUCAUAUUUCCAUGUGCAGCGGUAUGGGGAAUGAGAAUGAGAAUAAAGAAGGUCGGCGUCAGGAUGUUUAUUCUUUGCUUGAAUUUUCAGCGGCAGAUGAUGUGAUUGGUUUCAAAGACGCGGUCGAAAACGAAGGUUGUGAUGUCGAUGAGGUUGGUUUGUGGUAUGGGAGAAGGGUUGGUUCGAAUAAAUUGGGUUAUGUAGAGAGGACUCCUCUUAUGGUUGCUGCUAUGUUUGGAAGCUUGAAUGUUUCGGCGUAUAUUCUUGGAACGGGUCGCGUUGAUGUUAAUCGGGGUAGUGGAUCGGACGGUGCUACUGCUCUUCAUUGUGCUGUUGUUGGGGGUUCUGCUGCUUCUGCUGAGAUUGUGAAGCUUUUGCUUGAUGCGUCGGCGGAUGCUGGUGCUGUUGAUGCGAACGGUAAACGGCCUGUUGACUUGGUUGUCUCGGUGGGGAAUUCUAUGUUUGAUCUGAGGAAGAGGAUGUUGCAAGCUCUUCUGGAGGGUACGGGCGGGGCUGAUCAAACAUGUGUUAUAUUUCCGGAGACAAUUGACGGUGUUGAUGAAUAUCAAAGGCAAGAUUUAAACUCGCCUCGUUUUUCAAAAGAUUAUCCUCUUGAUCUUUCUCUACCUGACAUAAAGAACGGAAUAUAUAGUACCGAUGAGUUUAGGAUGUACACAUUCAAAGUGAAGCCUUGUUCUAGGGCGUAUUCUCAUGAUUGGACCGAGUGUCCAUUUGUUCAUCCGGGGGAAAACGCAAGGCGACGUGAUCCAAAGAAAUAUCUUUAUAGCUGUGUCCCUUGUCCCGAGUUUCGCAAAGGAUCGUGCAGCAAAGGGGAUUCAUGUGAUUAUGCACAUGGUAUUUUCGAGUGCUGGCUUCAUCCUGCGCAGUAUCGGACACGUCUUUGCAAGGAUGAGAGCGCGUGCACAAGAAGAGUUUGCUUCUUUGCUCACAGGGUUGAGGAGCUUCGCCCCUUGUAUGCUUCUACCGGUUCUGCUAUCCCGUCUCCGAGGUCAUAUUACAGUAGUGCUUCCGCAUUAGAGAUGGGUUCACUUAGUCCUACUGCGCUGAGUUCUCCGUCUGGUUUGAUGCCGCCAUCGUCAACACCGCCUUUGACUCCAUCUGGAGCUUCUUCUCCUGUUAAUGCGGCAGCCAUGUGGCAGGCACAGUCUAAUGUUUCGGUCCCUACCCUUCAGCUUCCUCGAAGUAGGUUGAAUUCGGCAAGAACUGCUAGAAACAUUGAUUCAGAUAUCGCAAUGAUUAGGGCUGAAACUCAGCGGCGAAGCCAGCAACUAAUGAUGGACGAGAUAUCCGGUCUUUCCUCACCUUCCAACUGGAAAAAUUCCAUUCCUAACAGUCCAUCUUUUCCGGUUUCUUUGAGCAGUCAAACUACCGGCGAACUAAAUCGGUUUUCGGGCGUGAAGCCUAAUAACCUUGAAGACAUUUUCGGAUCACUUGAUCCAUCAAUGUUUCAUAAAUUCCACGGAAUGUCACUCGAUGCUGCAGGAACUCAGUUACAAUCUCCAACUGGAAUCCAAAUGCGUCCGAAUAUGAAUCAGCAAAACUACACUUCGGGCCAUUCUACUUCCAGUGUGAUCGGAUCGCCAACUAGAUUUGAUCUAUCCGGGGAGUUAUCUGCAGCAGCUUUAAAUUCAAGAGCUGCCGCCUUUUCCAAGCGGAGCCAGAGCUUUAUCGAGCGCAGCGUGGCGAACCGUCCUUCCGAGCUUCUUUCUCCUGUCAAUCCUUACGCCUUCUCCAACUGGGGAUCACCCGAUGGAAAACUGGAUUGGACCAUACACGGAGAGGAACUUAACAAGCUGAGGAAAUCGUCUUCUUUUGGAUUUCGAAGCAGCAAUACUCCUUUAACUACACAGGAAAAUAACAACGAACCAGACGUCUCUUGGGUUAAUUCACUUGUGAAGGAUGCUACGCCGCAGGAAUCUAGCCGAUUUAGCGAUGAAAAUCAGAAACGGAAACUGCAAUACAAUCUUAACAACGGAACAGACACGAUUCCGGCUUGGUUGGAGCAAUUGUACAAGGAUCAAGAACAAGCUGUGCAUUGAAUGCAAUGUUAGAAACUUUCAGUGUUCACUCUUUCUUGCAACUCUUUCAACAGUUAAUUCAUUUGAUAAUAUUUUUUUGAAUCUUAUAGAGUUUUUGUUUAGAUGACAAUUUGUAAAACUGAUUGGAAAAAAUAGUCCCCUAAAGCUAUAGAAUAUACUAUAUUUUUCUGAUUUUUUUUGUUAUAUUGAUCUGUAAGUUUUAACAUUCCAUUGACCAAAUUACAUUCUAUGAAGUGAGGAUAAUAGUAUAAAGAGGUAAUGAUUUUUAAACUGUAAAUUCUCAAGUUACAUAUCAAAUAUUUUGUUCUAUUUUUGAGGUGAAUAAGCUAUAAAGUCAAUUUUGGCGAUUUUGAUUUUAUUUUUC